UUAAUAUAAAGUUAGUACAUCGAAAUAAAAUGUAUAGACCACCAAUCUUGUUUGUCAGCUAGCAUUAUAUUUUCCAACAAUGAAAGUUAUUGCUAUAACAGUUCUGCUAAGCGUCCUUGUCGGCGUAUUUGGUCAUGAUGAUGAAAAAAUUUUUGAAUUGUUAUGUAAAGCCAAUUCUAAUGCCGCCAAUGCCAUGAGAGGAUGUAUAGCUCUCGAACCUCAGGAGUAUCAAGAAAUGUUUUCAGAAUGCAGGACCAAGAAUAAUGCUGUAACAGAACAAGCUUUGUGCGCUAAAUGGGAUGAGGUUUACGAAUGUGCUCACGAAAACUAUGAUCAUACCAUCAGCGAAUAUGCAGAAGUAGAAAAAUGUAUAGACGAUGCAUACGACGACUGGAAGAAUGGGAGCCUUUAAAUAACCUACGAUGUGUUCUCUUGCCUUACUGUUGAAUACUGUCAUUUAAAGAUUCAAAUAGUUUUUUUAUAUGUAUGAAAGUUUAAUUUAGAUGCCGAAAUAAAAUAAAAAGUUUUCAUACCUCUUA